CGGGUCGAACUCAGUUGAAGACGCGAUUCAGUGCUCGGCGGACAACGUGAUUAAACAAUUCGAGAGUGAAAUUAGAAACACUAAAUAACAUUGAACAAUUUAUUCUUCUACCUUUUCUAAGUAAAAUCGUGUAAUAGUUUGCGGCUGUAUCCAUUACUCUGUACUACAAAAUCGAAGCUAAAUUGAAUUCAUAAGUGUAACCAGUAGCGCAAAUUAUCAGAGAUUAUUCCAUGCAUACAUACAUAUGUAUGUAUGUUAGCCGAUACCGCAUGUAUUAGUAAAAAUAAUAUAUCUAACAUAAGCACAUAUUGUAUAUAUGUAUGUACAUAUGUAGAUAUAUACACUAGUGUGGUGCGCAUUGUGCGAAAUAUCAUUGCGAUGAAGUGUUAAAUGAACAAUUAAAAAAUAUUCAGUUACGAGUUAAGUGGAAAAAAUAACAGCCGAAUUAUGGAUACUAGUGAGCACGAAUUGAGUGAUAUUAUUGAGAUCAUAUCGCCCGAACUGGAUGAUAUUUCAACCUCUUCGAAACCUUACCUUCGUGUUGUAGAGCAGCCUUCGAGAAAACCGAUGAGAUUUCGGUACAACAGUGAAGGUCGUACAGCCGGAAAUAUACCUGGUGAGAAUUCAUUUCAGGAAACCAAAACAUUUCCUACUGUCGAAGUCGUAGGCUACGAAGGAAAAGCGCGGAUUCUGGUCUCUUGUGUUACAAAGGAUAAGCCUUUUCGACAACAUCCACAUCAGUUGGUAGGUCAGGAUUGUAAACAUGGUUAUUGUAUAAGAUAUGUUGGACCCGAUACCCCACUACGUGUCGAACUCAGUAAUAUUGGAAUACGAUGUGUAAAGAAAAAAGAAAUUUCGGAGUCUUUAGAGAUGCGUAAAAGUAGGAAAAUUGACCCUUUCAAGACUGGGUUUGAUCAUAUAACUGAUCCGAAUUCAAUUGAAUUGAAUUCAUUACGUUUGUGCUUUCAAGGCUUCAUAAAGGUUGGGAACGGUUGGAAAGCGCUAAGCCCAGUAGUGUCGGAACCUCUCUAUGACCGAAAAGCGAAAAGUGAAUUACUCAUUAGUCGACUUUGUAGCUGCGCAGCCACUAUUGAUGGAGGAGAUGAAAUAAUUUUGCUCUGUUCGCAAGUUAAUAAAGAUGAUGUGAAAAUUCGCUUCAAAGCGAUCGAUAACAAUCGCGAAGUUUGGCAUGCAUACGCUGAUUUUGAACCGUCCAAUGUACAUAAACAGACAGCAAUUGCAUUUCGUACACCACGUUAUCCUCAGGCAGAUUUGCCAAAAACUGCCAAGACAUACAUUGAAUUGGAAAGACCUAGUUUGGAUAAACGGAGUGACGCUUUGGAGUUUGUGUUUCAUGAUCCAGAUCGUUAUAAAAGAGAAAGAAAACGUCGGAAGAUUAGUGGAGAAAGUCUCAUAAAUCAGAUGAACAAAGAUAUGGGCUUAAACUUAAAUUAUCAAAGCAUUUCAAUGAAUAAUACUUUCAACUUGCCUGUCACCACAGUCACACAUAACUACCAAAUGCCACCGCGAUCACAGUUAUCGCCAAUACCACCACAAAAUUGUAAUACAACACCGUCGCCUUCCCCCCAGUGUGCUUACACAAAUCAACUAAGCACAUUAAUGCAGGAUACCACAAUUCAGGCAGCAAAUUGUCAAAGGCUUCAUGACCUAUUUAAUGAUCGAAAAAACCAAGAACUUGACUACAACACCAGAGACAAUAUUAACACCAAUUACCAUUAUUUUGGUACUGUACGUAACACUACCAGUGGUGGUUACUUUGAACGCAUUAAAGAAAAAAUUGAAAUGGAUAACAAAAGUGACAUAUCUGCAAUGAAUAAUACUUUCAAUUUACCUGUAAUCUCAACAACACAACCACAUCUAGACAUCAAAGAUGAGCCAAUAGGCGCUGCAAUGCCAAUAAAGUUUACAGCAGUUGAGCAACAUUUGGAUCCAUACAGAAGCAACUACCCAAUGUCACCACAGUCACAGUUAUCGCCAAUGUCACCACAAAAUCGUAAUGCAACACCGUCGCCUAUCUCACCUUCCACCAACGGUGCCUAUACAGACCAACUAUGCACACUAAUGCAGGAUAGCACAAUUCAGGCAGGAAAUUGCCAAACGCUUGAUGCCAUAUUUAAUGAUCCGGAAAACCAAGAAUUUGACUACACCACCAAAGACAACAUUAACGUCUACAAUGACAACACAAAUUACCAAAUCACGAACGGACAUUAUUUUGGUACUGUACGUAACACUACCAGUGGUGGUUGCUUUGAACGUAUUAAUAAUACCGCAGUAGUAUGUACCCCUGUUACACAUAAUAUUCAGGUUACAGAGCAACGGCUCCAAAAUCCUAUUUCAGAUAAGGAAGAGAUUGAAAGAAUUAUAUUGGAUCUCAUGCAAACGCCACUAACGCAUUCACCUGCUCAAUUAACUGAUCCCGUGCAAAACAAUUGCCAAGAUAACGCAAAUAUCGAUUUUUUUAACUAAUUAUCACAAAUAUAAUGAGAAAUUAAUAUUUGUUCAUGGAAUAAGGUUUGAAAAUCUUUCUCUACUGUUUUAAAAUUUAAAAGUUGACCGGUUAGAAUUAGGCAUUUUCUAAUGAAUAUAUGAAUAUAUGUACAUUUAUAUAUUUUUAUUUAUGUAUAUAUUUCGAACAAUACACUUAAUUAUACUUGAGAACUUAACUGAAUAAAAACAAACAUAUAUUUUAUUAAGUAUAGACAACACCUCUGUAGUUAAUGUGCAUAUUAGGUGCUUGGCUUUCAACAUGUAGAUGAUACCGUAAGACAAUAAUAAAGCAAAAGAAAUGUGAAUAAAAUGA